AUGGCAGACCAGAAGUCGACGCGGAGGCGCAGGUCCAGUAGUAUUCUGCAGAUCUAUCAGGAGCCUCAGGAGCCUAUCGAGCAGCUGAGCGAUCAGUCUGCCCUGCCCAACCUCAAUGCGCAAUGGGUGAACGCAAAGGGUGCUUGGACGAUCCACUUCGUCCUGAUUCUCGCCCUCAAGAUCCUCUACGACAUCAUCCCGGGCGUCUCGCAGGAGACCUCUUGGACCCUGACCAACAUCUCGUACAUGUUUGGAUCCUACCUCAUGUUUCACUGGGUCCGGGGCACUCCCUUUGAGUUCAACAGUGGCGCUUACGACAACUUGAACAUGUGGGAGCAGAUCGACGACGGGGCCCAGUACACACCGGCCAAGAAGUUCCUGCUUAGUGUGCCUAUAGUGCUCUUUCUGCUGAGCACUCACUACACACACUACGAUCUGACAUACUUUACCAUCAACUUCCUCGCCACCUUGAGCGUCGUGAUACCCAAACUCCCAUUUAGUCACCGCCUCCGAGUCGGUCUGUUAUCCGGCAUCCCGGAGGAGGAUUCCUGA